UUCUGAUCCUCUCCUUCUAUUUCUUGUGUUACUUCGCUCAAAGACUUUGAUAAGCAAUGGCAUCUAAGACCAUCGAGAGCCACCGCUCAGGUGCAGAAGUUUAUCAUGGUGAUGCUGAAUGCAAAAAGAAAAUAAUUGAACUUCUCGAAGAGAUCUGCCUUCCACAGGGUUUGUUCCCUAUGGAGGAAAUCGAGGAGUUUGGCUACAAUCGCUCAGCUGGAUUUGUGUGGAUAAUUCAAAAGAAGAGUAAGAACCACACCUUCAAGAAGAUUAAGCGUCAGGUUUCCUAUGCGACGGAGGUGACUGCAUUAGUUGAGCCUCACAAGAUGAAGAAGAUGACAGGGGUUAAGACCAAGGAGCUUCUGUUGUGGCUCUCUGUUGUUGAGAUGUAUUUUGAAACUCCUUCGUCAGAGAAGCUCACCUUUAAGACAGGCACUGGACUGUCAGACAGCUUUGAGGCAUCUGCUUUUGGGCUCGAGAAAUGAGAGCUUUAUUAUUAAUUAUCGAUCUCUGUUGUUAUGCUAUGUUUGUUUUUGUGUGUGGUAUUGUAUAGUAAGAAGUGUUCUUAUAUGUUGAUAUAAAUGGUGUUUGGAUUUGUCAUUGCUUAA